UUUUCUUGUCCAGCGCUCCGUUUGCGAGCCGCCGCAACUACUCCACGGACUGUUCAAGCGCCGUGCCCUAAGCUCCGAGACAGGCCCAUUCCGACACAACAGGAGGACCACCCCCGCCGACGCCGUCGCCGAAGAACGCGACACAGACGCUUGCCCGCCCGCGGCCUUGCUGCCCAGAAACGCUGCUUUUUUCUGUGCCCAGAAACGAGACCAGCGCGCAAACACAGACACUUCCCUCCGCCGCCAUGAGCACCCAGAACACGACGCCCACGCCGUCGCCAAACCCCCUAAAGCCCACAAGGGCCGCCACGCCGUCCACCCCGCCGGCGGCCAAAACCCGCAAACGCCUCCUGGUGGAGUUCUCGACGCCAGACCCCUCCCAAGACGUGCCCUUCAGCCCGGGCUUGAAACGCAGCAGUGCGGGCCUGUUGCGGUCGCUCCGCCGCCGGCUGAACGACGCGGCCUCGCCAUACUCGGCCGCCAGCUUGCUCAAAACACCGGGGAAUCCCGACUCCGACUCCGACGGGCGCGACACGCCGCGGCAGGCCAAGCUCAUGAAAACACCCCAGUACUUCAGCCCGGGCCGCCGGCUUUUCGCCGAGGACCACAGCCCCAACAAGAAGGAGUUGGGCGAGAUCAGCUCGCAGCUCAAGAGCCGGCUCAGCCUGGCGUUCGGCUCGCUACAGCAGAAGGAGAAGGCCGGCUCCGGCAUCUCGCCCGUCAAGUUGGACUUUGCCAACGGGCCGUACGCGUCCAGCCACGACUCGCCGACGCGAAUGGCCGACGCUUUCCUGCCGCCCGCGCGGCCCGCCGCCGCGGCGUUGAACCGCACAAACAUCAAUCUACAGACGCUCCAGGCGUCCCCGCGCAUCGGGACCGCGGACCUGGCCUCGCAGCGCUCGCACGUGCCGGGCGACGACACCCAGCCCCGGCACCCUGUGUCCAUGCCGUCCCCCGACGAGGAGUCGAGCGCACACAAUGCCUUGAUGGUGGCGUUGUCGCGAGCCAAGGAGCGCAGGAAGAGCCAGAACAGCGAGUUCCGGCGGCCCUCGUUCGGGCUGGGGCUUGCCGACCAGCGCCGCGCGCUGCACCACAUGCCACACGCGCCGGGCCCCCUUCCCCCAAAACUCCCGCCCAUCAGCGUGAUCUCCCCGCCGCGGUCCGACGGAGCCUCGGAGCAAGAGGCCGUGUAUUCGCUCAUGUCGCUCUCGUCGCCCCAGGCAAACAAGCAGGAUCUCCACGCUUUGCAGGCGGCCGCGCAGAUGCAAGCACACAGCCGCGCCGAGGGCUCAGAGGGCCUGUCGCGGUCGUCCUCGGUGGCCGUGUCGGCGCCUCCCUCUCUGGCGGUGCGCAAUUACGAUGACGACGAAACGGACGUGGAGGACGGGGACGGGUCGGACAGUGACAUGACCUCGUGAGUCAUUGGCGCGAGCUCCAUAGAAGGGCCCGGCUGCCGGGGACCCCGUUCAGCAGGCAUGAACAGGUCUGGGCAGCACGGGGCCGGGGACUUGGUCUUAACUAGUAAACGCCUACUUGCGCUUCACUUCUCAAUACAGCUACAGUAACUUACGGAGGGGGCACGUUGUCGGUGACGGGUCGUGUUCAGCAUUGCGCA